AUGUAUAGUCCAAUUGUUAAAGCACUUCAAAAUAAGGUGGAGAAGAUUAAUGCAGAUUCUCCGUAUUUCAAACAUUUCACCCGCGACCUACACGAAUCCGACGGAUUACUCUACAUGGACGGCAAACUCGUUAUUCCAUUUACUUUACGAAACGCGAUGAUGAAGACCCUUCACGAAACACAUCCAGGUCAAUUAGGAAUGAAAUAUUUGGCCCAAUACAUCUGGUGGCCCCAUAUUAACAGACAAAUUUACUUUCACGGAAUAAAUUGCUCAGAGUGUACAUCGGCGGACAAAGAGAAAUCAAUACUGUCUAAGGAACGAGCUAAAGAUUGGAACGCGGAUGAUAGACUAGAGGACGGCUACAAGGACGAUUUGAUAGCCAAGAAGAACCAAAGCUCGACUGAAAAAGGCUACGACACAGACUAUGCUUCAUCCUCGAAAAUCACCUCCAAUAGACUACCAAUCAAAAGUCCAUUCAAAGAAAACGACAUUGACCCUAACAGAGAACAAUCUAUGGACCAAUCUUACGAGUGCCCAAUAAGCAUAAUACCCGCUUGCCGAACACCUAGUACUGCGGAACAGAGAACCGUGAACCAGGGAGAGGACAAAGACACCAUCGAACAACAGGACCUGCAAGACGAAUGUAAUCCAACGGAUAACAACUCAGUUACAGAUUUUCCGGUGUACGAGAUAAGCGACUCAACUGACGAGUGUGCUACACCUCCCAAUCCUACCAUCAUAUCCGGUGGCGAGGCACAGUCAGCUGAUGGGGAAACUGAACCUGCCGAUGCUGAUGCUGUCACCCAGGAGGAUGCGGAGGACGUGCGAGAGUCGCAACUUGUCUCAGUGCCCCAAGACAGUGAUGACCAACAGCAACAGGGCAAUGAUCCCAAUAGGCUGCACCCGCACAGGUCAACCGGCGGUCAAGGCCAAGCCACUUUCAACAAAAACGAUAGCCGAAAACAGCCGAGUGUGUCGCAAGAAGAGGACAUGGUCACAGCCAUGCAGAGUUUCUCGAGGGCGAGUAGUCAAGCCAACAAAGGAGGUGCACCACAGAGUGUGAACAACAAUUACAAUCAACAACCUCAAAACCAACAAGAUAAUGGACAUCCGGAAUGGCUGUCACCCUCAGGUGCUAAGCGCAAAGAGAUGAAAAAAGCGAAAGCAGUUCUGAAUAAAGUGUACCAGGCACUGGAGGCCAAAGCGAACAAAUCACGCCAGUCCAAAUCUAAAUCCAGGGCAUCCAGGGACACCAAAGGAGGGGGAGCAGGCGGUAAAGAUAUGGAAGGGGUGCAGUUGGACAGGAAGGAGUUGCAGAAGAUAAUCGACAAGGAGUUCGGCAAGGGGGAGGCCCCUCAAGUGACUGACAAAACAGCGCUGGCAUUUGAGAACGCCUACUUGAGACAGAAGAGGAACUGUGUCCUUCUGGAUGAAGAGGGAAUGGAAGAAGGAGAGGAGGGGGAGGAGGAGGGGUCAGAGGGGGACGAGAGUGGGGCUGGAGGAGGCAAGAGGGACUCGAAGAGCAAAAAGAGGCGUGGCAGCGAAGACGAAACUUCAAAAAUCAUGCAAGCUCCCCUAGUUGCAACACCGCGUACUCCUCGCACACCCAGGCGCAGUGACGGCACUGGCCAAUCGGGGGAGGUAGAGGGCGACCAGCAGAUAGACCACGCGACUGCCUGGGAUAAACUAGAACUAGCCAGGAUGAUGUUGAGGAUAUAUAUGAAGCACAAUGACUUCACAGUCAGUCAGCUGGAUCAGCUGCACGCUCUCAAUGAAGACAUGGCUAGAAAAAUAGCUUUGGUGAUACAAAUCGUAAACAAUCAAUCAGACGACGCCUCUGCGUCCUCGGCAACCUCCUCCGUGCCUAAUCUCGAGGGCCCUUCCCAGCAAGGCAAGGGUUCAGGAAGCCGAAUGGCGGGAUCCAAACAAUCGGCAAUCAAAGGAUCCAAGAACGCUUCUAGGUCAACGUCGGCAGCUAGAACUGGGUCCAAAAUGAGUCGCAACAAGUCUGAUGCUUCUAGAUCAAAAUCGAAAGUGAAGUCAAAAACUAGUUCUGAGAUGACACCAAGCGAAGACGAAAACGACAGCCGAGACGACUCGGACGCCGAGAGCGGAUCCGAGGAGAUGUCUAAGUCUGCCAAAAAUUCCAAGUCUAAAAGCGCAAAAUCAGGUCCUAGAAUUAGUCAUACUGAGAUUGAGAAUUCAACUUAUGCUGAAAUGACUACACAAGGGAGCAAGAAAAAGUCUAAAAAUUCAAAAUCAGAGGCAUCCAAAUUCAAAGCGAGUAAAAUGAGUGGGUCUAAAGGCAAUAAAAAGAGCGGAUCGCAAAACAGUCAAACUGAUUCUGAAAAUUCAGAAGAGGAUAAUAGCGAUAUGAAAAAAUCAUCGUUGUCAAAAAGUAAGUCGAAAGUUUCAACGGCUCCCACUAAAACGUCGCAAUCCAAAAUGAAAGGAAGUAAACAAAAUGAAUCAAAGGUCAGCGACGCUCAAAGUGAAGACGAGGAUUCAAAUGAAGAUGGCAAAAAGUCGGGCGCAUCUGGAACCAAAACAACGUCGACAAAAUCGGGAAGUAAAGGCUCGAAAUCAUCUUCGAAGUUGAAAUCAAAAGGUUCAAAAGAGAGCAAUAACUCUGACGAUUCAGCCGACCAAGAUUUGAAAACAGGCAAAGAAAGGUCAAAGUUAACCGCUAAUUCUAAAUCGAAGUCAAAGGGAAGCAAGAAUUCGAAGAGCAAAGCUUCUAAGAAUUCGAAAUCCAAUGCUGAGGAAAACUCUUCGGAUGACGAUAAAUCGAACGAAGGAAGUUUAGAAGACGAAGAAGAUGACAAAAAGAAAAGUAAGUCGAAAAGCAAGAAAAGCAAAAACGAAUCAGAAACUGAUACUAGGAGCAGCAAAGCGUUAGACGAGGGAUUGAAGAAAAGUAUGCAGUCGCUUUUGAGCACUUCGGCUUCGAAUGUAUCUGGAGAGUCAGCUAGUAGCAAAGGCAGUAAGACGAAACAUUUAGGCGAUGCGUCAGUAAGCAAAAGUCGAGCGUCGUCGAAAAACAAGGAGAGAGAUGGUGAAAAUGAUUGA